AUGGAUAGUUGCUUCGACUCAUCCGAAUAUAUUGUAUCCAACAGUGGUGAAAAAGCCAGUAAGGCAACUUCAGAAGCACAAAACAAAGACAGACCAGUGGGUGGUGAUAAAAGCAUCACACGGAAGAAAGUUGGAACAAAAGUGGAUCAGCUUUUUGCUACCCCGCUUUUCGAACUCGGUGCAAUGGAAGCAGGAGCAGAAAGUGACAGAAGUAGUAGUAGAAGUAUCACGGAACUUCAUAUGAAGUGUCCAAAAACAUUAAAAGACAUGGCCGUUGAAAUGGAACGAUACAAUCCGGUGCAAUUGCGCCAAAUAAAGACUUGUGGCUUCAUCAUUUCAGGCCUUUAUCUUCAAUUCCUUGUCCUGGACUGUCCCGCUGGUUAUGCUAGCAGGCAUAAUCUCAUUUUACCUCUCUUUUUCUUUCUAUCACGAAACUCUUACUACAUACCUGUCAUUGCAUCAUCUUCUUUGACAACCUCAUAA